UAACAUCAAGAAAAACAAAUAAAUCAAUCUUCACAAAAUGGUUAAACACCUCUCUUUCACAGCCUUUCUCCAAUGUACCAUUCUUUCCAUUCUUCUUGCAGCCCUCACGGUUUGCUCUAAUGAUGCGACGCCAAUCCCUCCGGAUAAAUCCCAAGUACAAAGUUGGUUUGCUGCCCAUGUCAAGCCACUCGCAAGCCGCAAGGGCACCCUAAAUAGCACCCUCGAAGCAGCCGAAGCUAAACCAAAGACCAUUAAGGUUAGACAAGAUGGAAGUGGAAACUUCAAGACUAUAACGGAUGCUGUUAACAGCGUCCCAGCGAAAAAUGCGCAACGUGUGAUUAUAGAUAUCGGACCUGGAGUUUAUACUGAAAAAGUCACGAUUCCAAGAGAGAAACCCUUCAUUACAUUUCGUGGACCACCUAAAAUGGCAACCUUACAAUUUGGUGGUACAGCUGCUAAAUAUGGAACAGUUUAUAGUGCUACAUUACAAGUGGAGUCUGAGUUUUUUGUGGCAGCAAAUCUCAUUAUUAAGAAUACUGCACCACAGCCUGAUGGGAAAAGAAAAGGAGCCCAAGCGGUAGCUCUAAGGACUGGUGCCAGCAUGCAAGCUUUUUAUAAUGUAAGACUGCUUGGAUUUCAAGACACACUGUGUGACGAUAAAGGUUUUCAUUUCUUCAAGGAUUGUUACAUCGAAGGCACUGUCGAUUUCAUUUUCGGAAGUGGGAAAUCCAUUUAUCUGAAUACACAGUUAUAUGUGCUCGAAGAGAAAGAUGCUCAGAUCAUAACAGCACAAGCAAGGGAAAAAGAAGGAGAAGAUAUUGGGUACUCAUUUGUUCAUUGUGACAUUAAGGGAGUAGGAAAUAGAGCAUUCUUGGGCCGAGCAUGGAUGGCUAUGCCUAGGGUGGUGUUUGCUUAUUCUAGUAUGAGCUCGGUUGUCCAUCCAGAAGGAUGGUCUAAUAAUAACCAUCCAGAACGUGAAAAGAAUCUUUAUUUUGGAGAAUUCAAGAACACUGGACCAGGAUCAAAUCCAAAAGGGCGUGCUAAAUUUAGCAAGCAGCUAAGUUUUGAAGAAGCCAAACCCUUCCUUACUCUUGGCUUUAUCAAGGGUUCUAGUUGGUUGCUUCCUCCUCCAUAGAUAUAAAGAGUUUAUUCAUAAAUAUAUAUACACACACUAUACAAUAAGGACAAGAUGUCUGCAAAUCUCAUGCACUAAUUCCAAUUUUUUGCUCUUGUGUUUUCCUGAGUUUAUACCUUGUAAGCAAACAAGAUUGCUCGAAUAAAUACAAAUCUGGUGUUGAAUAUAUUUUCCUUUUGUAAAUGUACAAUGUUGACAAGUUUUUAUA